GUGGGAACUAGUCAGCAUACCAACACCGGCGAGAAUUGUGGAAAGGGUUGUUUACUAAGUGGUGAUGAAGAGAACUCUGAUGUUCAUGCACAAAGUAGAAAAAGUGGGUUGGCUGUUCCAACUGGAAAAUCCGAUAAUAAGUUACAAACCAACAGGGGAGAUAAACCAUAUGUUUGCCAACAAUAUGAGGAGAACCUAAAAUGGAAGAGAAAUUCAAGUAUGCAUAUGAGAUCUCAUACUGGGGAGAAACCUCAUGUUCAUGAACAAUGUGGAAAGAGUUUUUCACGAUUAUCUCAUUUACAUAGGCAUGAGCGAAGUCAUACAGGUGACAAGCCUUAUAUUUGUAAACAAUGUGGAAAGAAUUUUUCAGUAUCUUCUACUUUACAUGUGCAUGAACGAGCUCAUACUGGUGAAAAACCUUAUGUUUGUAAACAAUGUGGAAAGAGUUUUUUACGAUUGUCUGAUUUACAUAGGCAUGAACGAAGUCACACUGGAGAGAAACCUUAUGUUUGUAAACAAUGCGGAAAGAGUUUUUCACAAUUAUCUCAUUUACAUAGGCAUGAGAGAACUCAUACUAAAAAGAAACCUUAUGUUUGUGAACUAUGUGGAAAGAGUUUUUCGCAAUUAUCUCAUUUACAUAGGCACGAGCGGGGUCAUACAGGUGACAAGCCUUAUAUUUGUGAACAAUGUGGAAAGUGUUUUUCGUCUAUAUCCAAUUUACGUAGGCACGAGCGAAGUCAUACAGGUGACAAGCCUUAUAUUUGUGAACAAUGUGGAAAGUGUUUUUCGUCUAUAUCUAAUUUACAUGUGCAUGAAAGAACUCAUACUGGAGAGAAACCAUAUGUUUGUAAACAAUGUGGGAGAGGUUUUUCACAAUUAUCCAGUUUACAUGUGCAUGAACGAGCUCAUACUGGUGAAAAACCUUAUGUUUGUAAACAAUGUGGAAAGAGUUUUUUACGAUUGUCUGAUUUACAUAUGCAUGAACGAAGUCACACUGGAGAGAAACCUUAUAUUUGUAAACAAUGUGGGAAAGGUUUUUCACAAUUAUCCAGUUUACAUGUGCAUGAACGAACUCAUACUGGAAAGAAACCUUAUGUUUGUAAACAAUGCGGAAAGAGUUUUUCACAAUUAUCUAAUUUACAUGUGCAUGAAAGAACUCAUACUGGAGAGAAACCAUAUGUUUGUAAACAAUGUGGGAAAGGUUUUUCACGAUUAUCUAAUUUACAUGUGCAUGAACGAGCUCAUACUGGUGAAAAACCUUAUGUUUGUAAACAAUGUGGAAAGAGUUUUUUACGAUUGUCUGAUUUACAUAGGCAUGAACGAAGUCACACUGGAGAGAAACCUUAUAUUUGUAAACAAUGUGGAAAGAGUUUUUUACGAUUGUCUGAUUUACAUAGGCAUGAACGAAGUCACACUGGAGAGAAACCUUAUAUUUGUAAACAAUGUGGGAAAGGUUUUUCACAAUUAUCUAAUUUACAUGUGCAUGAAAGAACUCAUAAUGGAGAGAAACCAUAUGUUUGUAAACAAUGCGGAAAGAGUUUUUCACAAUUAUCUAAUUUACAUGUGCAUGAACGAGCUCAUACUGGUGAAAAACCUUAUGUUUGUAAACAAUGUGGAAAGAGUUUUUUACGAUUGUCUGAUUUACAUAGGCAUGAACGAAGUCACACUGGAGAGAAACCUCAUGUUUGUAAACAAUGUGGAAAGAGUUUUUUAGGAUUGUCUGAUUUACAUAGGCAUGAACGAAGUCACACUGGAGAGAAACCUUAUAUUUGUAAACAAUGUGGGAAAGGUUUUUCACAAUUAUCUAAUUUACAUGUGCAUGAACGAACUCAUACUGGAGAGAAACCUCAUGUUUGUAAACAAUGUAGAAAAGGUUUUUCACAAUUAUCCAGUUUACAUGUGCAUGAACGAACUCAUACUGGAGAGAAACCUUAUGUUUGUAAACAAUGUGGAAAGCGUUUUUCACGAUUAUCCAGUUUACAUGGGCAUAAACGAAUUUAUACUGGUGACGAGCCUUAUGUUUGUGAACAAUGAAGAAAGAGUUUUUCACAAUUAUCUAAUUUACAUGUUGAUGAACGAACUCGUACUUGAGAGAAACCUUUUGUUUGUAAACAAUAUUCCAGAGGUUUUCAAUAUUAUGUAAUUUACAUGUGCAUGAACGAACUUAACUCAACGACGUAAAGAGUUUUUCAAAGUCAUCCUAUUUACAUGUGAAUGAGAAAAACUAACAUUGGACCGUUUGUAAACGAUACCCAAUCAUCCACUCUGCAUGAACGAACUGAUACUAGAGAAAACCUCAUGUUUGUAACUAAUGUGGAAAGUGUUUUUCGCAAUUAUAUCGUUUAUACAGACUUUAUAUUUGUAAACGUGAAUAUGGAUAUGCUCAAAUGAAAUAUUUUUCGAAACGUGCCCAAGAAUGGAAAUGAGUGAAUGGCGAUGCACAUCAUGCAAUAUAUUUUUAUUUGUUUGCAUUUGCUCUUGUGUGAUAUCCAAUCUCACGCCCCCUUAUCAUUGUUAGAAUAUCGUAAUUGCUAGAUGGGGAGUGGAUAUUCGUUUGGUUUCAUUUUUAAAAAAUAUUAAAUAAGAGUGAUAAUA